AUGUUCGCUAAAUGCAUCACCUCCAUCCUCCUUAUCUCCUUCCUGAUGAUUGGAUUAUCUACUCAACAAGUGGUUGUUCCAACCUAUUCAGCUGCAGCCUAUGCAUAUGCCUAUCCAUCUGUAUAUUCUCCAUAUCUUACUGCUGCUGCUGCUUAUCCAUCUGUUUGGGCAUGGGGAUCCAAUAAGAAUAAGGGAGGAGAUGCUGCUCCAGUCCCACCACAAUCCACUCUUUUGAACAACAAUCAGAAAAGUGCUUGA